UCUCAGCAAAGUUAUUGCUGAUAUAGAGGGCAAAAAUAUUUCAUUUUAUAAAUUAUACACUGGUCGUGUUAAGAGGACAUAAUUAUUUCGAAAUAAAUCAAUAUUAGCAGACCAUGGAUUACCUAACGAUGAAAUGGAAAUACUGGUACACAUACCUAGACGUCAAUAAAGACGGUAAGAUUUCUAUGGAAGAUGUCGAGGAAUGUCGGAAGAAGUUCACUGACCUCCAUAAACUGGCGGGAGAAAAGGCCAAAAAUGUCAACGUGGAUAUAGAACAAUGGUGGAACACGUACAUUUUCCGCGCAGGCGCAGGAAAGGAGAUCAGCGUGGAUGACUUUGUUUCGAUCCUGUCGGCUGAUUAUAAGAAGGACAAAGCAGGCUUUAAAGAUAGCAUGCAAAAGUGUUUUGAAAAGGUUUUCGACGUCAUAGAUAUGGAUAAAGAUCGCACGAUUGAUCUCGACGAAUUUGUGUUUGCUUUCAGAGCGUUUGGUCACGAGAACGAGGCUGUCCUGAAAUCCGUGUUCGAUUCGUACGGGCAAAAGAAAGUUCCCAUGAAAAAGCUAGUAGAUUCCUGGGUCCAAUUCGUAUGUGAUGAAGAUAAAUCUAAAAAGGAUGUGUUAUUGGAAGCUUUUAAAAAAGGAAUGUAAAUAAUUUUUAUGACAUAAACCAUGCACUGUACAGUUAAACUGAUGAAUAAUCAUCUUUAUCAUUACAAGGAAAUUAAAAGAAUAUAUAUCGCAGUAUCUUACU